AUGAAAAUGCUGGCGACAUUAGGGGGUGUAAAAAAAAAAAAGAAAAAGAAAAAAAAAGAAAAAAAGAAAAGAGGGUUCGUAGGAAUAUUCAUUUCAAAAGCAAUAAAACGGAGAACACAAAUGUCUCUAUGUGGAAAUAUUGGCGAGAGUACCGCUGUUGUUUUGAUGAUAUGUUUCAAUUUUUUUUCCCCCUUUACUUUUGGUUUUUCCAUUAAUAAUUCUUCACUUUUUUACACACUCUUUCCUCUCUCUCUCUCUUUUUUUCUUUUAUCAUUUUAUGUUUUGCAAGUUUCUGAUGACACGUAUGAAAGUUGCCUUCACUGA